GACCCCCUUCACCCUUCACUUCAAGUCUGAGUCUGAUGAAUGCAAUAAAGCUCUGGGCAUUGGAUUCUGGAAGGGGCACCUUUUGGGGAGCGGGGGCCGUAGAGGAACCGGACAGGAACUGGGCAGGAGAGAGGAGUAGUCGCGUGGGGUUCCCACGCUGGGUGCAGCGCCGCGGGCCACCCGCUGCGAGCUGCCCGGAGGUGCAGGUUCACGUGCACCGGGUUGAGCCAGCCAGCGGCGGCAGCGCUGCUGCGCACAGUUCUUGGUGGCCGACCGGAGUCUAGGGCUUCCGUUGGUCAGCUGACCUCCCAGUGCGGAACUGCGCCGCCCGCCACCCUGCUCAGUGCCGCCCGCCUGCUGGGUUCCUGCCACAAUGGCUGGGCUCAUGGUCAGUGGAACUCAAGUGUCCUACGUAGGCCAGUCCUGCAGAGAAAUUCCAGAGCACCUGGGCCGGGACUUUGGACAUUUUGCAAAGAGACUUGACCUGAGCUUCAACCUCUUGAGGUCACUGGAAGGACUGAGUGCAUUCAGGAGCCUGGAGGAGCUCAUUUUAGACAACAAUCUGCUCGGAGACGACCUCGUGUUGCCAGGGUUACCCCACUUGCACACCUUAACCCUCAACAAGAACCAAAUUACCGACUUGGAGUACCUCCUUGAUCACCUGGCAGAAGUGACACCAUCCUUAGAGUACCUCAGCCUCCUGGGAAACGUGGCAUGUCCCAAUGAGCUGGUCAACUUGGAGAAGGAUGAGGAAGACUAUAAGAGAUACAGGUGCUUUGUUCUGCACAAGCUGCCCAAGUUGAAGUUUCUGGAUGCCCAGAAAGUCACCAGACAAGAACGGGAGGAGGCAUUGGUCAGAGGGGCCUUCAUGAAGGUGGUGAAACCCAAGGACUUCAGAGACAGCCAACAUCACCAACCCCAGCCAAGUACGGCAGAUGAAGUCUUUGUGAGACCCUGGGGUCAGUUACUGGCCAUCCUGCCUUGCCCACAUUCACGUCUACACUGCACAAAACAGAUCUUGAUUUAUCUUGCCCUCAUUUGCUUGGGGAUUGGAAACUGUAACGCUGCUGAUAGAACGCUGAAGACGUACUAACUGUGCUGUCCGUGUCCUGGGAUGUUGUACUCUGUAUGUGCCUGGCUCUGAGCCCUGUACGCAUAGAAGGAGGAACCCACUGACACCUUUUACAUAUGAUGGGGUUCAGUCCCAAAGCAGUUCGUGAAGCUGCCCAAAGUCACUGGGUCAUGAAUUCCUGAGCUGGAAUUUUACCCUUAUGUCUGAAAUGGGGCCUAGUCUCUUCCCACUCUGCUGUUUUAGCCCUGGAGAGAGAUCAAUAUUUUCCCUGGAGAUGUCUUGACACAGUUGAAACUUCUCAGGGGAGCCUGAGUGAGAACGGACUGUUUCUCUGCAUGGGGAUAGGGAGAGGUGGAAUCUCCUCCUGCCUUGGAACAUGAUGGCGAUGGGUUCCUUAAACCCUGCCAUCAGCUGUCCGAGCCAUUAGCAACACGAGCAGAAGGGCUCCUCCUCAGCGUUGCCAAUUAGCUUCUAAUCAAUUAUAGAAUUAGCACAUGCUUCUGUGAUUGACUCUAAUGCCCUUACUAACUGUAUUACACUUAAAAAUGCUCAUUAAUUAUUUGAGAAGGGAGACAAAAAUGCCCUUGACAGAGAAGCCUGGCGAUCUUGGCUUCUGUUUCUGUGGUGCCUUGAGAUUUCCCAGUAGGAGGUCCCUUCUGUUGCUUUGUGCUUGAGGAGUCUGGGAGGGUCAGAAGCCUAAAGUUCUGAUGAGGUACAGUUAGGACCCAAACCAGGGUUCUUGGGGUUCCGUUUAAGGGUUCUUAUGCAAUGAUCCUUCAAGAACCCAAGAAGAUUCCACACUGUUACUGGUUUAUCAUACUGCACACCUGCUGAAUGGUGGGAGAUUCCCUUUUGUCUAUUAUUUUCUGAGAUACACAGUGGUAUUUUUCUUGCAGAUAGAAGGGACACAAAUGAGCUCUUUGCUGAAUUAAUAAACUGGCAUUCA